UGGAAUAAUUCGGUUCGAUGCAAUUUGACGAGAAGCGAGAUCGAAAGGCGCGGGUGCAAAAGCGUCGGUGCCUCGCACGGUGUGUGGAGGGGGACGCGAAGGAUCCCUACGUAUAUAUGCGUUGACGUUCGCCACUCUGACUUAAUAGUUUACACACAACGAACCAGGGAACUUUUUGAAGAUCUCGUGUUUAAUCUCGUUCAAGCUCGCCGGAGAAACGCCUUUCUCUCUUCCUUCCCCGCGCAAUCGAGCGCCAAGCGAGAUUUCACUUCUCCUCGUGUGACCGAAAGUAUAGUACCAGCGCUCGGAAAUGGGACACCCGUCGGUGGUGACCUGCAUCUUCAUGGCGCUCGCGCUACCGAGCCUCAUCUGCGGACGUCCUGCGACGACCGACGACGGCGGGUCAUUCUUGAACACGCUGGAGUCACGUGCCUCGAAGCCUGCAGAAAAUUUUUCAGAACCUAAAGCGAUCUCGUCGCUCAUUUCGCAGGAAGAUCUGCCGAUUCUGACCAAAUCACGACAAAGACGAUUGUCGGAUCAGAGGCGAGCCGAGCUGGAGACGCUUGUGACUUUGUCGAAAAUCAAUGGCAAGCGGUCGCUGAACAUAACGCGAUCAUACGGAUACCUGGAUCCAGUGAGAAUCGGCCGGCGAAGGCGGUUCGCGGUGGACCAGGCUGCUACCGAAUUGGUGCCUAUCAAAGAGAAACACAUCGGGGAUCCCGCGUACCCGCUAAUUAGUAGGCAAACCUAUUUUUCGGUCACCAACCCAAAUACAGCGCGGGAGCGAUAUUCAAGGUUAAGGUUACUAUAGAGAGGGUUACUAGACGUAAGGUCUGUUCUCAUGGAAAAUUGGACCGGUUUACACGGCACAGCAAUUUUAUGUUUCAAACCACAUAAUGAGGGAAAUAUAAAAGAAAAAUAUUAGUUUUAAAAAGUUGCAAACAUGUAAAUUGAUCUAAUUAUUAUCAAUAAUACACUAAACCUGGUCUGCCACAGCGCAUCAUAUAUGGGACAUCUUUUUUAUCUUCUUUUUUAAAUUAUAUCAUUUAUAUUAUUUAUUAAUACUAGUUUUUGUUGUUUAGAUUAUCUACCAUCUUGACUCUCCAAUAGUCAUUUGUUUAACAUUGUUAAUGUUUUCGUUGUUAUAAACAAAGUAAUACCCAAAUAAUACCACAUUUUUUUAUAUUAAAGUUGUACAAUAGUAAACAGCAGAAUAAUUGCAACACUUUUUUCAAUAGGUUUAGGAGCUUUUAUAGAACAAAGUUGCUUGCAUUCGCGCAUAAUGUAAUUGAUCAAUUAAUAAAUUAAAAAACUCGCUCAUAAUUAAUUUUGUAGAUUUAAACAAUU